GCUAUCCCAUCAACCUUUGCGAAGCGCCAAUUUUAAAGAUGGCGGAACAUCCGGUGUAUAAAAUUUUGUUUCGUUCGUAGAAAAUAUUUCCAUUUGUUGCCUUUUAGAUAUGAAUUUUUCUGAACCAUUUAAGCAGAGUAGUCAUAUAUGUAAAUUUUCACCCAAUGGGAAAUAUUUGGCGAACACCUUGCAGUACAGGCUGAUUGUACGAGAUGUCCAGUCUCUUCAGAUCCUACAGCUGUACACCUGUCUGGAUGCUGUCCAGCACAUUGAGUGGUCAUCAGACUCUGCUUUCAUCCUGUGCGGCAUGUUCAAGCGAGGCAUCGUGCAGGUCUGGUCGUUGGAACAGCCGGAGUGGACCUGCAAGAUCGAUGAAGGGUCAGCCGGCCUCAUCGCCGUACGCUGGAGCCCAGAUGGAAGACACAUACUAACUACUGCUGAAUUCCACCUUAGGAUCACCGUCUGGUCGCUGGUGACCAAAUCAGUGUCCUACAUCAAGUACCCGAAAGAAGCUAAACAGCCCUUACAUUUUAGUCGUGAUGGCAAGUACCUAGCACUGGCAGAGAGACGAGACUGCAAGGAUUUCAUCAGCGUUUUUGCCUGCAACACUUGGCAGUUAGUAAAGCAUUUUGAGACGGACACCAGAGACAUGGCCGGCCUGGAGUGGUCCCCCGACGGCAGAGUGCUCUGUGUCUGGGACUCCCUGCUUGAGUACAAGGUGCUGCUUUACUCCGUAGACGGCCGCUGUCUGGCUACCUUCAAGGCGUAUGACUAUGCCUUGGGGAUCAAAUCCAUUGCCUGGUCCCCGACAAGCCAGUUCCUUGCCAUCGGAAGUUUUGAUCAAAAGGUUCGUGUUUUGAACCAUGUGACGUGGAAGACGGUCGUGGAGCAUGCUCAUCCACCUAACCUUGACAGUGGUUCAGUUGUACUUUACAAAGAAGUCGAGAAGAGACCACAGUUAGUCAGAGAAGGCGGCCGGGGAGUCAGUAACCAGACCAACUGGAGGCCAGAUGCCAGCAUGUUCAGCGUCCAGAGUAAAUAUGAAGUCCUUACCGAGGGCUCCAUUCAGAUCCCGGUGGUCAAGCCAGACCCAGACAAAGCCAAUCCCAAGGUCGGAAUCAGCCAGCUGUCGUUCAGUCCAGACAACCGAUACAUGGCCUCCAAAAAUGAUAACAUGCCGAAUGCGUUGUGGAUAUGGGACGUACAGAAGCUAUGUCAGUCUGUGCUGUUGUUACAAGUCAACGCUAUCAAAUGUAUGCAGUGGGAUCCCAUCCGAGCAAGAUUAGCCGUGUGCACUGGUAACAACAAGCUGUAUAUGUGGUCCCCUGCUGGGUGCGUCUCUGUGGAAGUACCUGCUGAAGCGAGUUUCCAAGUGAACUGGUUGCAGUGGCAUCCGGAUGGUAACGCCAUCCUGCUGAUGAGCAAAGAUCAGAUGUGCGUCUGCUUCCUCUCUGAGGACUCGCCUUAAAGCACCUGUCAUCUACGCUUCUCGCUUACGCAAACAAAUCCAAGGUAUCUUUAUGGCACUUCUUAGUUCUCAACUGUGGAAAAGCUGAUGUUGCAUCUAACAAUAUGUACCUCUC